UUUAAAUGGCACGAUGAAUAGCGGGCUUUCGGAAGAGGAGGGUAAGCGAGGCGGCUGGAGGCAGAGAAAACGGUUCUUUGAGAGACACCGAGGGAUACAGAUUUGCUGCAAUGGGCGUCAAGUUAUACUACACCACUGUCACGGCUUCCAGGGAGGUGAAGUCCCAGCAGUCCGAGAUCAUCCGCUUCCUGGAGGGCAAGAACAUCCCGUUUGAGUUGAUUGACAUCUCCGUGGGCGGGGCCGUGCGGGAGGAGAUGAGAGAGAAGGCGGGGAAGCCUUCGGCAGCCCCCCCGCAGAUCUUCAACGGAGACGAGUACUGCGGGGAUCACUCCAUGUUUUCUGACGCAGUGGAAGCCAAUGCAGUGGAGCAGUUUCUGAAGAUUGCUUGAGAAGCCCAUCUGAUUUUUCCACCUCCAUCUGCUUCUGGGAAAAAAAAAAAAAAAGAAGGAACCAAUCAGCAAGCACAAGUCCCCACCUCAUAAUUCUGGUUUUGUUUUAUAUUUUCUUUACUUUUCUUACUCGUGUGGAUCCAUUUACCAGUGGGCGAAUGUCACCAAUUCCUCCUAAUCUCGAUGAAAUCAAUAAGACAUGCAGAUGUGUAGCCAAUUAGCUCGCAUAAUCCUGGCUGUGACCACAUGUUUGAACUAUUUAACUACUCUUAUGCUGUAAACUAACAGGAGCCUGCUUAAUCGCUGAAACCAGUCUUAACAAUCAAUUUAAUCUGCUAACAAGAGAGGGAACAAUGGUAAUCGCUAGUCUUAAUUAAAUUGCAUUUUUUCCUCAGAUACUGGAUGAUCAUGUUUUUAUAAACCACAGAACAAUCCACAGUGCUUGCUUUAUCUGAGAUAAAGAAUGCCAAAAUGGAGAAUCUGUGAUUUCUCAGUGUGGAGCAUUAGAAAUGUGUGGUUAAAGGGCCAAUUGGUUGCUCUAAUAUCUUAGUUGUUGGGGGGUGGUCUCCAAGGGGUUUGACUUGACUUUUGGUGCCAAAGUUAGCUAUUAUUUUAAUUUGUAGUGUCUUUAUUCCAUUUAAAAAAAAUAUUUCAUCCGUAUUUCCAUAUUUCAUUUUGUUUUAUAUAGGCUACAUAUAUGGUUACCCAAAUUACUUUCAGUUACAUAAGUUUUCUCUCUUUCUGUAUCCAAAGAUUGCACUGCUGCAGUAAAGUACAGUUCUGGGACAUUCUUUCACAGUGUAUUCUGUGUGAAUAAGGUCUUUGAAAAGUAGUAGAAAUGGGAAGUUAACAUGGGUGGGUGGUUUGGGAGGGACAUAAGAGAUUCUGUUCUCUCACUCUCUCCCCUGUAAUGCUGUCAGCUCCUGACAUCCAGACACCGUUUGUCUCCCAUGCUUUGAGCAUUUCCCCCUUCAAGUCUGCCAUGUCAUGCAUCACUUCUUUGUAUCUGAGUGAGAGCGUCGGCUGAAUCUGUCUUUAUAAAGUUUUACGGUAAAGAAGAAAAGCAAAGCUCUUCUCUUUACCCGUGAAUGUCCAAGGCACCAUUUUAGUUUCUGGAAUAUUCUGAAUGCUUGUUUGGCUGCAUGUUUUAUUAUGCAGAGUUCUGGCUUCUGGAUGGCUUCCUCUGCUUUUUGUCCCCUGUGUGUGUGUGUGUGUGUUUUUUUAUUUUUAUUUAAACCCUGGCCUGCACUUUCCCAAAAUCAGCUCUUAGCACCUCUUUCUGCCUAAGCACUCAGGUUUAUUGAAUCAGUGUGUUAUCACAAUGGCUGCAGUGUGAACUCUGCCCCAUUGGCAAUAUGUGGAGAAUUUGCAAUGGCAGUGGCACGUUAUGCAACGGCAGAGUAACUUGUAUAAUGUUCCAAUCAUAGAGGUUGUGCUCUGAUAUACUGUGCUAUAUUUAUAUGGAAAUAUCUGUAUAAUUGUUAUAUUAUAAUUGAAACAAGGACGAGAAGGUGUUUGUGCUCAAGCCUGUUUGGAUCAUGAGGCAGGAAAUGCGAUUAAAGUGAUGUAGCUUCAUGGGGCAGGACUAGUGGGGCUGUCAUGCAGCUGGUCUGACUCCCAACCGGCAGGUGUGUUUGUUUGGCAUUUUGCUUGCUUGUUCCCACACACGGAUUGUUUGGCUCCUUCUAACAGAAUAACCAUUGUUAUCCUUUUGGACCAGUGCCCCCUUUAGCCAAAAACAUAGAGAAUUUUAUUGUCUUCCAAGAAGAUGGUGAUGGGAGAAUGAAAUAAAGUGGUUGACUGUCCAAAAUGA